AUGGAUGCUGGACACAUCAUUCUGGGAAGGCCAUGGCAAUCUGAUAGGCGUGUCUGCAUGAUGGCUUUACAAACAAGUACACCUUCCUUCACAAGGGGCGUAAGACCACUCUCAUUCCCUUUAACCCCUCAAGAGGUGUAUGAAGAUCAAGUUCAGUUGAGUGGCCAAAGACUAAACCUCAAGCCAAGAAGGAACCAACCAAAUCCAACAAGAUUUCCAGGAUGUGUUUCCAGAGAUUGUCCCAAGGGAUUGCCACCAGUCAGAGGCAUUGAGCAUCAAAUAGACUUUGUCCCUGGAUCCACUCUUCCAAACCGUCCAGCAUACAGAACCAAUCCUGUGGAAACCAAAGAACUCCAGCGCCAAAUAGAUGAGCUUAUGGAUAAGGGUCACAUCAGGGAAAGCAUGAGUCCUUGUGCUGUUCCUGUUCUUCUUGUGCCCAAGAAAGAUGGGAGUUGGCGCAUGUGUGUGGACUGCAGAGCCAUCAACAAUAUCACUGUAAAGUAUCGACAUCCUAUCCCUAGACUUGAUGAUAUGCUUGAUGAGUUGCAUGGUUCUAGCAUUUUCUCUAAAAUUGAUUUAAAAAGUGGUUAUCAUCAGAUUAGAAUGAAAGAAGGUGAUGAAUGGAAAACUGCAUUUAAAACUAAACAUGGUCUUUAUGAAUGGCUUGUCAUGCCAUUUGGUCUCACUAAUGCACCUAGUACAUUCAUGCGCUUAAUGAACCAUAUCCUGAGAAACUUCAUUGGUCAUUUUGUUGUGGUUUACUUUGAUGACAUCUUGAUUUACAGCAAGAACCUUGAAGAGCAUCUAGAUCACCUUGCAUCUGUCCUGUCUGUGCUAAGAAAAGAAAAAUUGUUUGCCAAUCUUAAGAAAUGUACUUUUUGCACAGAUAAUGUGGUUUUUCUAGGCUUUGUUGUGAGUGCAGAUGGAGUCAAGGUGGAUGAAGAGAAAGUUGCAGCAUCAGAGAAUGGCCAAGUCCUAAGACAUACCUUGGCCGCACCUUUAACUGAAGUCAUCAAGAAAGAAGUUGGAUUCAAGUGGGAGAAAGCACAGGAGGAUGCUUUCCAGGCUCUCAAGGAUCGCUUGACUAAUGCCCCUGUUCUUAUUUUACCUGACUUCUUAAAAACUUUUGAGAUUGAAUGUGAUGCUUCAGGUAUAGGCAUUGGAGCUGUCUUGAUGCAGGACAAGAAGCCAAUUGCUUUCUUUAGUGAAAAGCUUGGAGGAGCCACUCUCAACUAUCCAACCUAUGACAAAGAACUCUAUGCCUUGGUCCGCGCUUACAAACUUGGCAACACUAUCUCUGGCCAAAGGAGUUUGUCAUCCACACAGACCAUGAAUCUCUCAAACAUCUCAAGGGCCAACAGAAGCUCAACAAGAGGCAUGCCAGGUGGGUUGAGUUCAUUGAGACAUUCCCAUAUGUCAUCAAGUACAAAAAAGAUAAAAGACUUGUAUGCUUCUGAUUCUGAUUUUGCUGAGAUCUAUAAGUCUUGUUCUAAGUUUGCUUUUGGCCGAUACUACAGACAAGAUGGGUUUCUCUUUUAUGAGAACCGUCUCUGUGUGCCUAAUUGUUCUUUGAGGGAUUUGUUUGUCAGGGAAGCACAUGGAGGAGGCUUGAUGGGACACUUUGGUGUGGCCAAAACACUUCAAGUUAUGCGUGAUCACUUUCAUUGGCCGCACAUGAUCAGAGAUGUGGAGAGGAUUUGUUCUAGGUGUGCAACUGAUGAUAGGAUUUUGCGUGGAUGA